UGUGCCCAUUCAGAGUCAUCGCCGAGUAACACACAUGGGUUAAGUUGUGUUGUCGGAGCAAAACAAUAACGCUUUAUACAUUUAACUACACACUGGCGGUACUAGUUUUGAUUACAUAAUGUAUAAUAUCGCUUACAUUUUGUGCGAAAAACAUAUGUCUAACUACUUUCUGUAAAUUCCUAACUAAAACGUUAGCUAGCUACGUUCAAAUUACAUACCCAGCCAUUGAACAAGCAUAUCUUGCUCGGAGGAGAACAUACAGUUGUGGUUUCGGACCCUCAACUUAACAUUUGAUCUAAAAACGAAUUGAAUUCAUUUAACUAAUUUAAUUUUCAUUUAAUAUAUGUAUUAUCACUGAAAUACGUUCUCAGAUGUCUCUUCCUCUCUACAUUUUGAAGUAAAAUGCAGAUCAGUUUUAAGUGGCACAAAGAUUCAGUGAAGACACGUGAAUUUCCAUGUUCCUUUAUUCACGCUGUUAGAGAGGGAAAAACUACUUGAGGUGACCAUGACGGAAGCAGAUCUGGACUUUCAUAAAAAGAAGAAGAGGAACAAGAAGCAACUUUUAGAGGAGGUGGCGGAGCCCGGCAAUCCUCACGAGACAACCACUACGGGAGUCGACUCUCAAAAGAAACAUAAACACAAAAAGAAGAAAACAAAAAGUGAGAAAGAUGACUGUAGACCCGUCGAGGGCCAGUGUGACACAAGAGAAGGGCAAAACAAAAAGAAAAGAAAACACGAUGCAGAGAACGUAAGUGUGACACAAGAGGCUGCAGAUGCUGCUGCUGCUGCUGCUCAGGAGAGAGAGGUGAAGAAAAAGAAGAAGAAGAAAGGGAGAAUUGAAGAGCCAGACCGUGCUGGAGAGAACACAGAAGCAGAGGCGGCACUCACAGCGGUGCAAACCAACCUUGAACCAGUCCCCCAGAAACGAGUGAAGCGCAAGGCGAAGGUCAGAAAGACACACACACAGCCUGCUGCAGACACACACUCUCCCACAGAUGCACGGCUUCACCCAGAUGAUGUGCUGGACGUUGACGAGGCCACCCGACAGGAGAUCCUGGAGUUCCUGCCUAACUUCUCGUUUCGCAACGUCGUCACAGUGUAUGGGGCCAUCAAUUACGACCUGCCCCGCUACAGGGUAUACAAGAAGCAAGGGAUCCCUGUGGGAACAGGGCGGUUCACCGCGGCCGAGAACAAGCAGCUGAAACAGAACGUGAAGGACUUCCUGGCCGUCUCCGGGAUUGACAGCGAGUUCAAGCUUUUCAGACCCACACGCUUCCCAGAUGAGACGGUUACCAUCCGAAGUCUGAAGAGGAAGCACAACUUCCUCUGGUGUUUAUGCGCUGGGAUCCCUCGUUCCUGGAUGAAUAUACUCGACCGAGCCAGGAGGAUGUGCAACAGGGAGAAUUACAAGGGGAGGUUUACAGAAGAUGAGAACAAGAACUUGAAGGAACUGUAUAAGCUGCAUGGGUCAAACUGGACGACCAUAUCAGACAAGAUCGGCCGCAGUUGUUCAGCCGUGCAGAAACGCUUUAACGGGAUGUGUGAGAAUCAUGGGGCAUGGUCAGAGGCAGAGUUGAAGGUCCUCCUGACGUGCUUACACCAGCAGCUGCUGAAGAGGGCUGAGCCCGGAGGAGAGGGCGGCGACGGGUCUGCGGUCAUCCAGAAGAUGGACUUGUAUAAGAAACUGGCCUGGAGGCGUGUGGCCAAGCAGGUCCAGACUCGCAGCUGGUUGCACUGCAAGCACAAGUGGAUGACUUACCUGAUGGGUAAAAUGAAGACUGGUGGAAAGAUCCACGGGAGAAAGACCAUAGAGGGGCAGAUCCAGCUGAUCAAAGCGAUCAAUGAAAUGGCUGUGGAGGAACCUGGAGACAUUGUCUGGGAUGACCUCACUCAUCUCUUUGGCAACACCCCACCUGACUACUUACAAAAGAAGUUCUACCAGCUGAAGGUGACUUAUAUACCAGACUGGAACAGAAAGUCUCUCUGUGACAUCAUUGAUUUCCUGUAUGAGAAGACCCUGCCAAAGCUGGAGGAGGACCUGAAGGGCUGUAAGGAUGAUGAUGAUGAGCCCGCAGAGACGCGACAGUCUUACAAGCUGUCAGAGAUCUUCCCCAACCUCUGAAACAACCCAACGCCACCCCCACUCAUCACCAGAGAGACAAGUCACUCUUACAAGCUGUCAGAGAUCUUCCUCUGGCAAUGGCAAUCUUCCCAAUACCACCCCCACUUAUCACAAGAGGACUUUGAAACCCCAUUGGGGUGUGUGUGUGUGUGUGUGUGUGUGUGUGGGGGGGGGGGGGGGGAUGUAAUAUGAUAUGUAAUAUCAGAUGUAAUAUGCCGGAAUGUAAAUGAUUGAAGAAAAUAUCAGCUUUGUUUCCGGAAACUGAUUAUGUAUUUGUAUGCACUAGUUAAAUAGUAAAUCAAGGAGUUUUUAACCCAGUGUUUGUUGACCAUUUUGUUUUAUGUGGAUUUUCUUCUGGUCACCAGUGAAGAAAGACAUUAGGCAUUUUCACCAGAGUUUUACUUCAUCACAGAGUUUCAUCACCGGUUAGCCCUUUGCCAUCAAACUGUGUCUGUCACAAUCGGGCCGGUCAUAUAAGCAUGUAACGUCUGCCCUAAUCUCAUAUUAGUUGUUGGAGCUGUAAGGGCUUCUGUAGCUUGACUAUUAACAAUCAAUAUAAUAACCAGUGUGGGUAUAAUAUUAGUAAAAUAUUAACAAUCAGUAGAAACACUAGGAUGUUCAUGAUAACAAGCUAUUAAGACUACUAUACUACUACAAAAUGAUUGACACUAUUGAUAUGAGUUACAUUAUGGGCACUCUGUUUAAAUAUGUAUCAAGUCUGGGCCUAGGGAUAUGUUGGGUGACUGAGGGGUGACCAUAAUGACUAUCUACACUGAUGCCCACUGAAGGGGUGACCAUGAUAACUAUCUCCACUCAUGCCCACUGAAGGGGUGACCAUGAUAACUAUCUACACUCAUGCCCACUGAAGGGGUGACCAUGAUAACUAUCUACACUCAUGCCCACUGAAGGGGUGACCAUGAUAACUAUCUACACUCAUGCCCACUGAAGGGGUGACCAUGAUAACUAUCUACAGUCAUGCCCGCUGAAGGCCGCAAAAACCUAGAACAAAGAGUUUUAUUCGGAUCAGAAAAGAUGAAUGUUUUUCUCUCUCACAAGCCUACAAAUCAGACACAACACUUGGUU